GUUAAAUGUUUCAGUCAUAAUCGGGCAACCAUGUCUUCAGUGGAGUAUCUGAGAGAGUUUGUCAACGAGCGACUAACUGCUGCUGCUGAAGAAAUAUUCGGAGUUUUUAAAAGAACCAUCGUCGAGUAUGAAGAAGUGAUCGACCGUCAGCGCAAACUGUUGGAUGUCGUUUGGAAACCUGAAUUAAAGUUACACAGGACAGAGCUCCCACAGCAACAUGUCUGUAAGGAGGAGGAGGAGAAGGAGGAUGAGGAAGACCUUGCUGAGCAGCAGAUCUUUAUUCAGGAGAUGAACUCCAGUGUGGACCAAGAGGAGCCAGAGCCUCCAUUGAUUAAAGAGGAAGAGGAGGAAGUGUGCAGCAGUCAGGAGGGAGAGCAGCUUGUACUGAAGCAGGAGACUGAUGGCUUCAUGUUGAUUCCUCCUUAUGAGGAAAGUGACCACAGUGAAGCAGAACCAAACACUAACUACCAGCUCCUCUCUCACAACUCUCAUGUCACUGAGAGCCGAUAUCAGGUUGGAGGCAAGCAAGAAGACUCAGGAUCACCUGGGAAUACAGAGCUUCAACCAAAGAAAACACAUCUUGAAAGUAGUUGUCACAGUAACAAUGUAAACAACUCAAAGACUCAGUGUGACACUCACACAGGUAAAAGGUUUAAGUGUGAGACAUGUGGGAAAGCUUUUAAAUUUAAGUCCCAGUUGCAUGCACACAUGAGACAACACACAGGUGAGAAGCCGUUUUCAUGCAAAACAUGUGGGAAAAGAUUCAGUGACAAGUCAGUUUUGAACACUCAUGAAAAAAUCCACACAGGUGAGAAGCCGUAUUCUUGCACAACCUGUGGAAAAGAUUUCCUGUAUUAUAGUGGCUUGUUGUACCAUCUAAAAAUCCACACGGGCGAGAAGCCGUUUACAUGUAAAACAUGUGGGGGAGCUUUUAGAUCGAGCAGUAACUUGAAAAGCCACAUGAGAAUCCACACAGGUGAGAAGCCGUACCUUUGCAAGACCUGCGGCGUAAGUUUCUGUGACUUGUCCACAUUGAAAAGGCAUGUAAGAAUCCACACAGGUGAGAAGCCACAUUCUUGCCAAGUCUGUGGGAAAAGGUUUUCUCAGAUAUCUGUAUUGCACGCUCAUGUAAGAGUCCACACAGGUGAGAGGCCAUAUACAUGUAAAAUAUGUGGGAGAGCUUUCGGACGUAGUGCUCACUUGAAAGUCCACGUGAGAAGUCACACAGAUGAGAAGCAAACUAUCACGUCUCUGCCCAGCUGCUGCGGUCUCCUGGUUCCCUGGUUCACCGGACUCCUGCCUCGCUGUCCCGUCACUGGCCUUCACCUCAGCUGUCUUGUUGCUGGCUUCCUGCUGGGAUCUCCAAGAGUCCAACCUGAAGCCAGAUUUUGUUGCGUAGUUAAAUGUUUCAGUCAUAAUCGGGCAACCAUGUCUUCAGUGGAGUAUCUGAGAGAGUUUGUCAACGUCCGACUAACUGCUGCUGCUGAAGAAAUAUUCGGAGUUUUUAAAAGAACCAUCGUCGAGUAUGAAGAAGUGAUCGACCGUCAGCGCAAACUGUUGGAUGUCGUUUGGAAACCCGACAUAGAGGUUAACAGAAUAGAGCUCCCACAGCAACAUAUCUGUGCGGAGGAGGAGGGGGAGGAGGACAGGGAAGAGGAGGAGGAGGGUCAUGCUGACCAGCAGCUCCGCAUUCAAGAGAGGAAUUCCAGUGUGGACCAAGAUGACCCAGAGCCUUCACUGAUUAAAGAGGAACAGGAGGAACUGUGCAGCAGUCAGGAGGGAGAACAGCUUGUACUGAAGCAGGAGACUGAUGGCUUCAUGUUGAUUCCUCCAUAUGAGGAAAGUAACCACAGUGAAGAUCACACUACCAGCUUCAAUUCCGAUAACAGUUCAGCAGGAAAUGUAGUGAAAGUAAUAGUUGUGAACUCUCCAGCUUCAGAAUCAAACAGCGACCACCGGCUGCUCUCUCACAGCUCUCAUGUCUCUGAGAGCCGAGAUCAGGUUGGAGGCGAGCAUGGAGACUCACCUGGGAAUGCAGAGCUUCAACCAAGACAUCAUGAAAGUAACAGCCACAGCAACAAUGUGUACAACUCUACCAUGUCAGAUAAUACUCACAUGGGUGAAAAGUCUUUCAAAUGUGACACUUGUGGGAAAGCUUUCAAGUUUAAGUCCCAGUUACACAUACACCUGAGAAUCCACACAGGUGAGAAGCCAUUUUCUUGCAAAACAUGUGGGAAAGAUUUCCGAUAUAACAGUCACCUGAGAGUCCACAUGACAACGCACACAGAUGAUAAGCCGUACUGUUGCACAAUAUGCGGGAAAGAUUUCAGAUACAACAGUCACUUGAUUGUCCACAUGACGACACACACGGGUGAGAAGCCGUACUCCUGCGAAAUAUGCGGAAAAGAUUUCAGACACAGCAAUCGCCUGAAAGUCCACAUGAGAAUGCACACGGGUGAGAAGCCGUACCUGUGCAAAAUCUGCGGGAACAGAUUCUAUGAGAUGUCCGCAUUGAAAAGGCACAUUAUAAUCCACACAGGUGAGAAGCCUUUUGCUUGCAUAACGUGUGGGAAAGCUUUCGGACGUAAAGGUCAGCUGACCGUCCACGAGUAUUCACACAGGAGAGAAGACGAAACUUUGCAAGACAUGCAGGAAAAGACGCUUUGAUGUGUUUCAGUUGGCAAGGCGUGUAAGAUGUGGGAGACGAUUCAGAGCUGGUUCAUGGUCAAGACACAAGAACUCAUGAAGUGAGGAGAAACAUACCUGAAAGAGCACCUGAAGAUCAAAAUACACAGGAGGAACCAUCGAGCUGACACUGCUGUGGAGACAUUUUCACGAACUAGAUAUAUACGCUUCCUCAUUGAGAGGAGGUCACAAUAUUUUUGAAGCAGUAAAUUUCCAAAUAUGCCAUCAACUUUUGCUAAACUAACCCUUAUUUCUAUUUGCAACAUUAUUUAAUUGAAACAGUUAUAAUCUAUCUGAAAAAAACUGUUCCGCAUAGUGUGCAUCAUUUCUACAGUUAAAUGAAUCCUUUCUGUCUUUCUUCUGACUUUUUAUAUACGUGUAUAAUUUUUCUACACUACCUCAGUUACAUGAGUGGACUGUGAACUCUCAGAUGUUGAAGUUGAGGCUGUGAAAUCCUCUCUCUGCUUGUCACUGGAUCACUCAUAUAUUCAACCUGCCAACUGUAGACUUCAUUAUGCCUCUGCGCUGGCCGUGGCCGGAGGCAUUAUGUUUGCAGUUUGUCCGUCCAUCUGUUUGUAUGAACACACGUCCUGUUCUUGUGAACAUGUCCACUUGGACUCAAGGAUGAACUGAUUAGAAUUUGUGAUCAAAGGUCAAGGUCAGUGUGACCUCGUGCGUCCAUAUUUGUAAACACAAUCCCUCAAUGGCCUUGAGGGAGCUAACUUAAAUUUGGCACAACCGUCUACUUUGACUAACAAUGAACUGAUUAGAUUUUAUUGCUUAAAGGUUACUUUGACCUCGUCUGUCUCAUUGUUGUGAACGUGUUAUCUCAAGAAAACCUUGAGAUUUCUUCAGAUUUGGUACAAAUGUCCACUUUGACUCAAGAAUUAACUGACUAGAAUUAGUAGUCACAGGCAGUGGUUCUCAACUGGUCUGGCCCCAGGGUGCAGAUUUCUCCUCAGUCAUUAGUUCAAGGUCCACACAUUUUAAGACAUUCAACGUUCAGCCUUUUCAUCAAGCUAGUUUGCUGUGUCUGUUGAGAAGCUGUUUGCUAAGUCACUCAAUCUACAGCAGGAAAUGGCACAAAAUAAAAGCUCUGUGCCGGAAAUUCGCUAUACUUAAAAAUAAUGUGUUUUUUACAAACUUGACACGUUUGUGAGUCACUUAAGGUCCAUUCAGAAUCGACCCACGACCCACUUUUGGACUGGGACCCACCAGUUGGGAACCACCGGUCAAAGGUAUCUGUGACCUCACAAAACAUCUCAGUAAUUUUGAUGCCAAUAUGACCAAAUUUCACAUAAAUGUCUAAUGGGAUAAAAUGAUAAAGCGAUGAUGUUUUAUGUCCAAAAGGUCAACGGUUAACUUCACUGUGACAUCAUAAUGUUCUGCAAAAACACCAUUUCUGCCGUUAUUCAACGUCUUAUCUCAGGAACAGAUGGAGAGACAUUUGCUCAGAUACUGAAUUUGUGACACUAAUCUUGUAACUGCUGAUUGUAUAGAUCGUCUCUGAAGAAGAUGUGUGUGAAGCUUUGAAUGCAUGUUUUUACAGACAUGGAUAUAAACUGUGACUGUAGCUCGACUGGUCUGCAGAGGCAGAAAACUGCAAGGCUGUAAUUAUUGUUUUUGUCCGCAGCGUGGCAUCUGUAUUUUGAUGUAUUUUGUGAUUAUGUUGACGCGACACAGUUUUUGUUUUUUUAGAUUUUUAAAGUGACACAAACACAAAUUGUGGCUUAUAUACCACAUGGUGCUGUCAGUGAAUCAGCCUGCUGGGCAACGCAAUGGUGUUUUCUGAUCUCAUGUAUGUAUUCUAACAAACAAGCUUUUUAUGUUGAUGAUUUAAUAAUUCCAGAUUCACCCUGAGGACUAAAAUUCUGUUCAUGGAGGCUGCAGAUGGGUGUGACUGACAUUAGAGAUAAAAGUAAUCGUACUGAAGAAGAGAUGAUUUCAGAGUGUUAAGUUGUUAUGUGCAAGAGGUGUUUUAGUGUUGCAGCUCAACUGCAGGAAUGUUAAGUUAAAGUAUUUUCUGUUGUUUGAUCGCCUCAUACUGAACAAACAUGGAGGAACGUAACUACAUGUAAUUGAGUACUUUAUUCAUGUAAAACAAGGUCAAUGUCAGACGGCCCAGACUGCAUGUAAAUUAUACAUAAAUAUGAAAUCUGGAACACUUCUAAUGAAUAAAAAAAUCAU